AUGGUGGCCUCACCCAGCAACCCACCAGACUCAAAGAAUUCGGCAGAAAUGUUCUGGUACCAAAUGCUGCAGGACACCUCUAGAGGUUCUCUGUCAAUGGCAUGUCAGAGACAAGGAUCUGGAGCAGCCGCUGGCAACAACAAGACCUCUGGAGGACAAGAUGCGUCCAAGACGGACGUCCCAGAGGACUUUGACAUCGACAUGGAAGCCCCAGAGACCGAAAAGGCAGCGGUCGCCAUCCAGUCCCAGUUCAGGAAGUUCCAGAAGAAGAAGCGUGAUGAGAAGUCGUAG